AUGGCCCAGGAAUACAUAGACUAUUACAUUGGCGGACUUAUUUCAAAUAGCGCCUUCGUUAGCAUAUCGCUCGCCAUUUCUUUACUCUCUCGGCUACCCCCGUCUUCCACUCUUUCACAUUUCAUGCGCCACAGCUCUUUAAUCAACUCGAAUCUACGCCAAUAUCAUAACAUAGCUAGACAAGGGCUGGGGUCCUAAAAUGCUACUCUUACCCCAAGGGUCAAUAAACACCUUUAGGUUCAGGUGUGUCUUCAAUACACUCACUUUUGACGGCUCACUGUAGUCUGUCGCAAUGAAUGACCAGAACAUGGCUUCUGGAAACGAAGGGCCGCAUAGAGAAUCAAGUCUCCUACAGGAACAAUUGGUUUUAGGCUCUCGUGAAGGAGUCGACAAAACAAGCAAGCCGAGCUUGGCAAAUGACGCCGCCCAAAUAUUUAGCAUUUCGCCAGAAAAAGCGUUUUCGCUUCUAUGUCUCAAUCUUGAAGGUCUUGGGGAAACAAAUGCCGGACUUUCCACAAAUCCUCUGGUAGCCGUUGCCUCUGCAUUUAACCGUAUCACGGGGAGAGACGGUGUAGCCAACGGAGAGGAGUCCACACCAAUGAAAGUCACUGAGUUGCACUUCGAUAGCCCCGGUCAGGAAGGGCAUGAUUCUGUACAACAAAGUGUGUUGUCCAAAAGGUUUCUCUCCAAGAAGGAGCCCCCAAUACCGUUAAAGGUGUACCUCGAGCGAAUCCAUCGGUACUGCCCAAUGUCGACAGCUGUCUAUCUUGCUACCAGCAUUUAUAUUACCAAAAUGACAAAAAUUGAAAAAGUCUUUUCCGUGAAUCCCAAGAAUAUGCACCGUCUCGUGCUUGCUGGUCUCCGAGUGGCAAUGAAAGCGCUGGAAGACCUCAGCUACCCGCAUAGCCGUGUUGCCAAAGUUGGUGGUGUCAGUGAGCGUGAACUGUCUCGUCUUGAGAUCAGCUUUUGCUUUCUGGCAGAUUUUGAGCUGCGGGUUGACGCUCAAAUGCUUAUGGACGAAGCGGAAUCUCUUCAAAGCCACUCAAGUUCUUGAGAAGGGUAUACAACCAGCUCUAGCCAGGAACCCGUGUCAUCGGUGGAUAGCUGAUAGAGAAGCAGCCUCUCCCAUAGUAUGCUGGUUCCUUUGUGGGUUUUAAAACAAACCAAUCUUAGUCUGCGACAUCUGCAGGUGAGAUUGAAAGGUCCCUUCCAUUGAUGAGAAAGGGAGCGGCGUGUCUGGCAACGGCUCUUUUUCUCGAUACCAAAAGAUAAUUCUGCAUAACAUGUUCAUGAUUAUUUUGGAUACCUGAAUGUCAAUCCAGCAAUUUUCUUCUUUUUUCCAUAUCGACUGUUCAACUAUCAUAAUGCGGCUGCCUAAUCCAGACUGCAUUUGGCUGAGUAAUAAUCCUGUGCUUUGGGCAUCUGAAUCUUGCGGCGAUGCUUCUAUCACCACAAAAUCAUUAUUAGUGUUGAUAAAUGGGGACUCUCUGUAAAUAAUCC